UUGCUUCAUUGUUGUUUAAGUUAAAAAUAACGUGACAGAACUGCAGGAACUUGUGGCAAAUAUGUUUGGGUUUAAAACAUUUAUCUGAUUGUCGUAGCAUUAAUGGUAUUAGAUGUAGCAAACCAAAGAAAACAUUUGGGUUCUAGCCAUAGUUUGGACUUUCCAUUGCUUGGGUUUAGAAAGUACCACUUUCAGAACAUCUACCGGUAUGUUGUUUAAGUUGGCUUGAUGCUUUGAAUUGCUUUGAAAUUUGUAUUUUAAACAAGGAUGUUAUGAUUUAGAUUGUUUUCUUAUUUUUUUUAAUAGUAUGUAAAAAAGACUUGGCCUAUUGCUGAGAACAAACCUCAUCUUCUGGGUUGUUGGUCGUGGUUUUCAACAGAUUGUAAUGCUACAUUGCAGCAUUUCUAUGGGCCUGCAGUUGCUUGUAUCAUAGUUCUGCUUCUCCAUUCCAUUACAACCCUCCUCUAGUCAUUCAGCAGCUGUCCAGGCAUGCAGCUGCUACUGCGUGUACGACUUAGCUACGCAUGUAGUAACUAAUCAUUGUGUUCAGUGGGUGUGUGUCUUUUAACGCCCUCUGUUCAUUUCUCCCAUCCCAUUUGCUCAUUGCUCCACCUUAUUUUGUUAGAAACAUUCACAAAAAAAAAAAGUCUCACCUUAGAUAUUAAUGCAGCACAGGCUGGACACCAGUCUUCUGUGUGCGGCUGGUGAUAACAGUGCUGUUUCCAGAGCAGAUUAGGUGAAGUAAUGCUUUUGAGGUGCUUGCAGGCAAGCAGCAGCUUUGAGGAUGAAUGGGCAGCUCGGAGCACUCUUCAGCUCCGCACAGGGUUCAGGCGGGAGACCCAGCCUGGACAGACAGAAGCUCUGACAGAGGCAGUGCGCUGGAGCUCGAAGGAGAACCUACUGGGGGCAGCUGAGAGUGACCCCAACCUCUUCGUUGCACUUUACGACUUUGUGGCUAGUGGAGACAACACACUCAGCAUCACCAAAGGUGAGAAGCUGCGUGUGCUGGGCUACAACCAGAAUGGCGAGUGGAGUGAAGUGCGGUCUAAAAACGGUCAGGGUUGGGUUCCCUCCAACUACAUCACACCAGUAAACAGCCUGGAGAAGCACAGCUGGUACCAUGGGCCUGUGUCCCGCAGUGCCGCAGAGUACCUGCUGUCCUCCCUCAUCAACGGUAGCUUCCUGGUCAGGGAGAGCGAAAGCAGCCCCGGGCAGCUGUCCAUAUCUCUGCGCUACGAGGGCAGGGUGUACCACUACAGGAUCAACACAGCCACUGAUGGGAAGGUGUACGUGACAUCUGAAAGCCGAUUUGCAACCCUCGCCGAGCUGGUCCACCACCACUCCACCGUACCCGACGGCCUGGUCACCACUCUGCACUACCCCGCACCCAAAUGCAACAAACCCACCGUGUACGGUGUGUCGCCCAUCCACGAUAAAUGGGAGAUGGAACGCACAGACAUCACUAUGAAGCACAAGCUUGGAGGAGGCCAGUAUGGGGAGGUGUAUGUUGGCGUUUGGAAGAAGUACAACCUGACAGUGGCAGUCAAAACACUCAAGGAGGACACUAUGGAAGUUGAGGAGUUUCUGAAAGAGGCAGCUGUCAUGAAAGAGAUUAAACAUCCAAACCUCGUUCAGCUUCUUGGUGUGUGUACGUUGGAGCCUCCUUUCUACAUUGUGACAGAGUACAUGCCACAUGGCAACCUGCUGGAUUACCUGAGAGAUUGUGAAAAGUCGGAGGUGAAUGCUGUGGCGCUGCUCUACAUGGCCACGCAGAUCUCUUCUGCCAUGGAGUACCUGGAGAAGAAGAACUUCAUACAUAGAGAUCUCGCUGCGAGGAAUUGCCUGGUCGGGGAGAAUCAUGUGGUUAAAGUAGCAGACUUUGGUCUAAGCAGGCUGAUGACUGGUGACACUUACACUGCUCAUGCUGGAGCGAAGUUCCCCAUCAAAUGGACCGCACCGGAGAGCCUCGCGUACAACACCUUCUCCAUCAAGUCUGACGUCUGGGCUUUCGGGGUUCUGCUUUGGGAGAUUGCCACCUAUGGGAUGUCUCCAUACCCAGGCAUUGAUUUGUCUCAGGUCUACGAUCUUCUUGAAAAAGGCUAUCGCAUGGAGCAGCCAGAGGGAUGCCCACCCAAAGUUUAUGAACUCAUGAGGGCAUGCUGGCAGUGGAGCCCUUUGGAUCGACCUUCAUUUGCAGAAACACACCAAGCCUUUGAGACCAUGUUUCAUGAUUCUAGCAUAUCCGAAGAGGUUGCAGAGGAGCUCUGUAAAACGGCUUCUUCUGGUCACUGCGGAUCAGUGCAAUCUUUCAGUCACGACACGCCCCUGUUGCCUUCCAAAUCCCGCCCACUCCCCAAGCACACAGAAAACAAGGAGAACAUAGAGGGCGGACUGGACGGGCACUGCGACCACGGCGCACACAGUCACUCAGGCUGGGCUUCGACUUUUUUCGGGGGCGACGGCCGAUCGGGGAGCUCCCCGGCUCUGCCCCGAAAACAGCAGCCGAGAGAUAAAUCUCCCGGCAGCCUUUUAGAGGACGCACAAAAUAUUGGCACAUUCACACGGGACAGAAAGGCCGGCUUCUUCAGCUCUUUCAUGAGGAAGAAGUCCUCCUCCUCCUCCUCUUCCUCUUCCCAACUCCAACAGAGCCUUCCGACGCCACCCAAGAGGAGCAGCUCCUUCCGGGAGAUGGAGACGCAGCCUCACAAGAAAUACGAGCCCACGGCUGAUUUCAGCGCGCCUCCUCCCCUGCCCCAGUCUGACAGUUUAGGGGGCUUCUCUCCCUCUCCUCCUCCCUCUCACGGGGAACCCGCCCAGACUCAAUCUCGCUGUUGCGGAGCUGCCUUUGGACAGAAACCUUCGGGCGGGGUUCUUGGUCCUCAGAUAUCGAGCGGCAGCAGUUGGAGUGGACUGGCUGGGUUUUUCACUCCCAGACUCAUCAAAAAAACCCUGGGGCUACGGACCGGAAAGACGGCCUCCUCGGAGGAAGGUGGUGGCGUGGUUGGAGGACCAAAACCUUUCCCCAGGUCCAAUUCUACCUCCUCCAUGUCUUCUGGGUUGCCAGACUUGGAGCGCAUCUCUCUGACUUUGCCUAGAAACCGCAGCGCUAAGCCGCCUCUGGAAAGAACUGCCUCCACCACUUCUCAGCCAGAGAACGGCACGGCGCGGCCCUCGGAAGCCCUGUUGAGGCGGAUGGACGAGGGCACCGCACAAAUCAGGGAGAGGCCAAAAGCUAAGCUGCUGCCCCGGAGCGCCGCUGUAGGGGCGCGCGCCCCGGGAGUCGGAGGGGAGGCGGGAGAAUCGGACGGUCUGUCGCGGGUCAGGGAAGCCAGAGAGGAGGGCGCGGGGCCGGACAAGCAGCAGCAGGGCUGGUCGUCUCCCUCCAAGAACCCGAGUCUGCCGUCGACCCCGGCGGGCGCGCCCACGCACAACCACAAAGUUCCGGUCCUGAUCUCCCCCGCGCCGAAGCACAGCCCGGCCGACGUGCACUUGGUCGGACUGGACUCUCAGGGGAACCGCUUCAAGCUGCUGUCCGAGCACCAAGGCGAGCGGGACAGGCCGCGGCUCGUCAAGCCCAAGUGCGCCCCCCCGCCGCCGCCCGCCCCGCGCGGCCCGCAGCAGUCCCGCAGCGCCGACGGAGAGGAGCCAGUCGGCACGCCGCCCCUCGAGAUAAACGGAGACACGCUGAAAGCUCACAGGUCCGGGCGAGCGUCGGGAGGAGCGACGACGGGUAGACCAUCAGUACCACCACCACAAGUGCCUCCUCCUGCAUCCUCCUCCUCCACCUGCCCCGCCAGCACCAACACAACUCCCACCAAAAUGGCCAACGGAGCCUCGCACGGCGCACCGUCCGCCGGUACCAAAGUGGCGCUUCGGCGAACCCGGCAACAGAUGGAGAGGGUGUCCCUGGAGCGGGUCAGCCGCGAGGCCCUGCUGGAGUGCGCCGAGGGCCUGAGCAGCGUGCUGUACGCCAGCUCCGAGAGCCCCUCCAGCAGCCAGGUGUUGGACGCCGGCCACCAGCUGCUCGACUACUGCUCAGGUUACGUGGACUGCAUCCCUCAGACGAGGAACAAAUUUGCCUUUCGAGAGGCGGUGGGCAAGCUGGAGCUGAGCCUGCAGGAACUGAGGGCCUCAUCUUCUGGAGGCGGCGGGCCGAGCGGAGUCGGAACCAACACUGUGCUGGAAAACCUCCACAACUGUAUUAAAGAGAUUAGUGACGUGGUGCAGAGGUAGCCACUGUGAUAACACCAAUGAACUCUACAAUUCAAAUCACUUCUUUUCCAACUUCGUUACGUUUUUGGUUCUGUCAACAGCUCUUUUGGAGGAGAAAAUGAGACAAAUCUCUGAAAGUACCUCAGAAAUCACUACGAAAUGUAACACUUUUAUUGUUUACAAAAAACCUUGUUUCAUAAAAAUGCCAGUGUGGACACUAACAACUGUACAUAGUGAGAAAUGUUACACAAAACGAAAUGUGGUUCAAGUCACAACAUGCAAUGUUUCGCUACAACUUUCCAUUUAUGAAAAGCCUCUUUGUUAACUGAA